CCUGUGAUCCGUGCGACGUUGUUUCUUGGAAUACCAGUCAUCGUACACACGGAAACGAAGAGCCGAUGAAACUGGGACCUAGUGUUUUCGCAGAGGAUAUGAAUAAGCCUCAGAAUGUGGCAUGCAGGCCGCCGAAGAUGGUAAGCUUUAUUAAGACCCACGGAGAUCCGGCGGUGAUCAAGAAGGGCGGAUGUGGAGCAAUCAAAGGGAAGAACUGUGGAGCUCCUAGUCAAAUGGACGCCGAAGAACUUAUGGCCAUUGAAGAAGAUAUGAACGACGAAGAGCAGCAGCAAGACGCUAAGAAGAUCGCCAUUUACUUAAGCGGUGACCUCAAGGAACAAAUGUUUACCGACGUUACCGUGACCUCCAAAGACCAUGUGUACAAGAUCCACAAGGAGUACCUGUUAGCCUUUACCAACUACGAUAUUCCCGUCAAAGAAGGAGAACCCCUCCGUGACGCGCCAUCUCUAAACCUGUGUGAGAUUGAUGGUGCUGACGUUGCCGCAGUGCUCCAUUUCCUGUACUAUGGCGAACUGAAGGCCAACAUCCAUAACAUCCUCGGCAUUAUGGCGGCCGCCCAUGCGAUGGACUUGGUCGAUGUGCCGGCUGUCAUUCAAGAGUAUCACGAUAAACUUUUUGCGCCGCCAAAUCAGACGAACAUUAUCGACUACGCCGUGUGUAAAGGAAUGGAAUGUUUGGAAGCGUACACGUGGAAAGUAUUUGUCAGCUGCUUUUCGGAGCACGCUAACGGCUGUCACUUCCUUAACUGGGACGUGCGAUGGGUCGUGAAUCUCUUGUGUCAUGAUGACAUUCCGAUCUUGACAGAACUGGAAGUGUUCGAAGCCGCUCGGUUGUGGAUUAACUACCGUCUUGAGGAACGUACCGAUCAUGUGCGAACCGUACUGAGCUGUGUGCGUUGGGUGUACAUGACGGCCGAGGAAAUGGUUUGCUGCGAACGCGAAGAUCCAUGUCUGAUGAACAGGCCGGAAGCCCACGAGCUGAUCGCCGAUGCCAACUUUUACAAAGUCAUGAUUCAGAAAGGCAAGAGCUGGCGCGAAUUCAACAUUAAACCUCCUCGCGGCGCCUACGCGGGCAACCACCCCGUGGAGAUCCCCAAGGUACCCACCGGCAAAUGCGGAGAUCGGGCGACCUCUACCAACAGCGGCAAGUGCGGGCCCAAAGUGGCCAUGGCAUGUCAAACUAAUUGCCAGAGACCCGCCGAGGACUCCAAGAAGUUUAAGUGUCCACCAGGAAAGGAAAAGGACCAUUGCGGCAGCGGGAAAAAAAAGGAAGAUAAGAAGGACGGCGGAUGCGGGAAAGAGGAUGCGCUGCAGCAGCAAUUGCGGCUGCUUCCUAUACCCCCGGAGAGCGAUCUCUUCAGCACCAUGUCUUACUUAGUCGCCGUCUACGUUGGUAAAAUACGGUAG